CCCUGGUUUGAAAUCUCACAGUGCCAUGCACCCACUGUUUCCAUACUUGGCAAACCUUUCUCAUAUGACACUUGUCAAUGCCUAUGAACUAAACUUCACACUAUAAAGACACAACUUCACACCAUCACAAUCACAACCAUCUUCACUUCUUAAAACAUUUCUUUCUCAUAACCCUUUUCAUUUCAUACCCUUUUUAUAACUUUUCUUUCUCUCAUUCCAAACACUUGUUUGUUGCAAUGAACACCAAUCCCAUGAUGUUCUCCUCCGACACCAAUUCCACCGUGUCCUUCCAGUGUCAGCCACCACCAUCCGCAAACCACUCCACGAUCGCAACCUCAUCCAACAGGAAUCCACGUGGCAGGCCCAUGGGCUCCAAAAACAAGCCCAAGCUCAACAUCAUGAGCAUAACCGAGCCCACUGCCAUGCUUAGCCUCAUCCAUGUGCCCCAGGGCCACGACGUGGUUGAGUCCAUCAUGGACUAUGCUCGUCGUGAACAUGCGAACGUGACAAUUCUUGGUGGAAGUGGCACCAUCGCCAGAGUCACCCUCCACAACACGUCGGGUGGCUCAACCGCGUUGACGCUCCAUGGACCCUUCACCUUGGUCUCUUUCACUGGAACAUAUGUUUACAAUGACCGUUAUACCCUUAACACUGGAGCCACCCCUCCCCCUCACAUGGCCUUCGGAAUCAGCCUCUGCACCGCUCGUGGCCAGCUCUUUCAGGGUGCUGUUGGCGGCAAAGUCAUCGCCGGCGAGGCUGUUAGCCUCACCGUGUCCACCUUCAGGAAUCUGGAGAUUUACAAGUGUCAUCCUGAGGUGAAGGACAAGGACAAGGACAAUGGUGCUAGUAAUCUUUGUGGGGUUGUCAAUUUGUUGAGCUUCUAGUUUUGACAAUGUCGCUCGUUGGUGAAGGAUGUUACUCAAAUAACUUGAUGCAACGAAGAACCCUCUCAACUUGUCAUGUUUUAACUUUUCUGUUGUGUUUGUUUUAUUUCAGUUCUAGGUCUUUCUUGAAGUUGCCAAUUACAGUGUGGUAUUAGUGGGGUGGAAUAAGGGGAGGGUUCACUUAAAUGCUUUAUUUGAGGGUGUUAUGUGUUUAGGGUUUAGGUUUAGGGGUUGUUUGUUGUGUUAUGAGUUGACUUAUCUAUAUUAAAUGAAUAUGAUCUUCCAUUAAUCAAUGCGCUUUUUUUUUUCUUUACUCGUAAUUAAUUUAAAAAAUUUUCGUGUUUUUUUUUUCGUUUGAGAGAAUUGUGUUCGAACGUGGAAGGAUGAUUUUUUCCAGAAUCAAUAGAUUGGACUUAUUUGGGGUUGAUGGUGGAAAUUGUAGUUUGUGGAGUUAUGCGUGUGUUAAUGGUGGAAAUUAAAGGUUCUGUUUGUUUUCGCUGUUAUGUGUUGUUGCUAAUGAUAUGUUGGGGGUGAAUCUGUCGUUGUUAUGGAAGAGUAGUUUU